AUGGCAGAGAUUCAUCUCCCAGGCGAUAUCGUUUCUUUAGUUGUUCCUGGUGAAAAACGAACAGAAAUAAUUGGUUGUGGUCUAGAACGAGUAAUUAAUAAUCCUGAUAAGUUGUUAGUUGUACAACCAGGAAUACGGCGUAUAUCUCAUGGUAAACAAUGGAUGGCAGUUCAUUCACGAAGAUAUAUCCCACAAAAGGGUGAUCGUGUAAUUGGGAUUGUUACUUCUACUCAUGGUGAAACAUUUAAAAUUGAUAUUGGCUCUGCAGACAUCGCAUUUAUCAGUUUCCUCUCUUUUGAAGGUGCCACAAGACGUAAUCGUCCAAACUUGAAAGUUGGUGAUUUGAUUUAUGCCUCUGUCACUACUGCAACAAAACAUCUUGAACCAGAACUUACAUGCAUUGAUGGUGAAGGUCGAGCACGCGGUAUGGGUCUAUUACCAUCUGGAGGCUUCCUUUUUAAAACAAGUCUAAAUCUUGUACGUCGAAUUCUUUCACCAUCUUCAAGGCUAUUAUCGCUGAUUGGUAAAGAUAUAAAAUUCGAAAUAACAAGUGGUAUGAAUGGACGAAUUUGGAUUAAAGGCAUAAAUGUCGUUGAAGUUAUAGCCGUGUGUCGGAUAAUUAAGGAAUCAGAAUUUAUCCCAGAAUCGGAUAUCCCAGCUUUUGUGGAUAAGCAAAUUAGUCUUUUAUAUGGCUUUCCUGUAGCUGCUGAUGACAGUGAUAAUGAUCGAAACGAAAAAGAAAGUUAUAAAAUGGAGAAUGAAGAACAACCAAAUACGGAAAAGAGUAAUGAUGAGGUGACAAAAAAGGUCAGUGAAAGCGAUUCCAUAGUUUUGCCAGAAGCAAGAUCUAGCGAGCAAAGUUUGCAAGAGCUAACUUCACUGAUACAAGGAGUAUUGCAACAAACGCAGGAUCGUUUUCAGCGCAUGUCUGAUCAAAUUAUUGGUCGAAUAGAUGAUAUGACAAGACGUAUUGAUGAGCUGGAAAAGAGCAUAACUGAUCUAAUGACACAAGCUGGAGUUGAACCGGAACCAUAA